GUCAGAAAGCGUGGUUCACCGCAUGAAGGAUUCCAGCCAGCCUUCCGGAGCGGGGCCGCCACCUCCUGCACUUGGCGCCGCCAGAGGCCCGGAGACAGACUCUGACCUGCCCCGGCCGGAGCAGGGUGGCAGGCAGCACUCGGGGGCGGAGGUGGAGCCCCUCACGAGGUCUCAGCAGGAGCCGGUUGCAGUCCAGGACAAGCUGCUGCAGGUGGCCACGAGGGAGAAAGGGGCGGCCGCGAAGCCCUGCGGUGCGUCCCAGCCGCAGGCGGAGGGCUUCGAGGACCAGGAGAAGCAGGCAGCUGGGCUGGCCAAGGAGCUGGAGAGCCGGGAGGCAGAGCUGAGACGCCGCGAUGCCUUCUACAAGGAGCAGCUGGGGCGCCUGGAGAAGCAGAACGUCGAGACGUACAGGCUGUCUUCACAGCAGUUCCACGAGGCAGCUUCGAAAAUGGAAGGCGCCAUCAAGCCCCGCAGGCUGGAGCCCGUGUGCUCGGGGCUGCAGGCCCAGAUUCUCCACUGCUACCGAGACCACCUGCAGGAGGUGCUCCUGUGCGCAGACCUAGUCAAAGCCUACCAGCACUGCGUGAGCACCGCCCACAAGGAAAUCUGUGCGGUUAAGGCGAGAACAAGAGGGACCCCCCAGGGCAGAGGAGGACUGGCCAGCACCGUCUGUACGUGGGGCGGGCGGGAGGUCGGUGGAGGAGGGGCCAUGUCAGCUAGGGGCCGCAGGCACGUGCGUGUGGGCACUGGGCUUGGAGGGGAGGAGGCCCAGUCCCAGGCUGCAGGGACCAGCUGGGUGGGGGGUGCGUGUCCAUUUAGCGGUCGCCCCCAUGGAGCAAUACCUGGAGGGGACGCCAGCGACUGACCUCUAUUCUCCC